AUGAAGCAUACGAUAUUGAGCGCAGUUUUUCUUAUUCCCUUCGCCUGUGGCAAGACCUCCAGCGAGCUAUGUCGCGGUACGGCCGAGCUGUCCUCAGAUGGCAACUAUCAGCCCGGCGCCUACAAUCAGACCACUAUAGUUGAUCCGAAGACUGGUACCUGCGGUCAUGAACGUGUUGCCUAUCCAAGCACAGGAGAGUUGACACCCUUGUUUGGACAAGUAUCAAUGCACCUUCGCGGACCCAUGAACGUCUCUCAGCUCGCAGUCUACCAGCUUCCAGACGAAGUGCAUACAAUGCAGAAGCGAACUACAGUGCCAUUCUACAACCGUCGUCGAGCAUUGGAGCAGCGAGAAACACCUGUGAUAUCUGACACCACUGCCACUCCUACGCAGUCGUCGUCACCAUGCUGGCUCAAUCGUCUGAACAAAUGGACAUAUAGUACAACAAUCGGUUGCACCCCAGCUACAGUGACAUCGACUGUGACGGUAAAGGCAGCCUGUUCUUCAAUUAGUAUCUCGCAGGCUGCACCGAACACGACUUAUAUAGGUCCUCCGCUGUCAUGUAUGACUGCGUCUGCUGCGGCAUCGAUAGCCGAUCCCGCGUCUUCAGCAUCGAACUGCACUUGCGGCAAUGAUAGAGUUGAUGACCCCAUCUUUCAGAGGCCCAACGGACAGGUCUACGUCAGUCCAACCUCAGUAUUGAAACCGACAUCAUUCUCAACACAAAAUACAUCACCAGUGUUUCAACGUCCCAACGGACAGCCUUAUGAUAUCCCUGCGCCAUUGCCAUCGUCCAUGGUGAAAAGGCAGGUUGCCGAUUGGAGCCGCGUUGCAUACUACACGUCAACAGCACCGGCGCAAGCCACUGGACUCAGUUUCAUGGCCAAUCUGGGCGACCCCCAAAAGUCUGGUACUUUCGACUAUGCCUUUGGAAACUCGCUCAGCUAUGUCACUCCUCGAGGUGACAAGGUAGCAGCCGAGAGUCUACCAUUCAACGGCAUGCUUCAAACGUCUGAAAUAGAAAUCAUAGUUCUGUCUGACAAAGAGUGUGACGCGUACUGUCCGUAUUGGAGGCCAAACGCAACCUCUCACUACGGCUGGUCCGGCUCGUCAAAAGCCUUCUUCAUCGAAUUCCAGAUGGACCACUACCCCAACCUCGGCACAGACCAAGGCAUGCUCUCUGGCGCUCCAGCCUACUGGUUCCUCAACGCAGCCAUCCCUCGUAUCCUACAGUAUGGCAGCGACCGCAACAACAUCCCUUGCUCGUGCUGGUCCACCGGAUGCGGCGAAUUCGACGCCUUCGAGCUCCUAAGCAACGGCGCAGAACGAGCGAAGUCGACUAUACAUCGGCAGGGGAAUUUGGAGGGCGGGGACUCGAAUUACUUCAGAAGACCUGUUGGACAGACGAUGAAGUUUGCGGUUGUGUGGCAUUAUCCGCAUAUUACAGCGUUGGUGUUGGACGACAAGUUUGACUUUUCGCAAAGCAUGUCGGAUGAUGCGAUGAAGAAGUUGGUGGCGUAUGAUCCGGAUAGCUGGGUGCACUCGCUGCGCGGACGACGCACAGUCGACAAAAUGUCUGCGCCAUCGCCGCCAAAGCCGUGGGAGACGAGCAACGGCGCGACAAGUGCCUCGGUCGGCCUCACGGGAUCGAAUAGCACCACAACACCCACUUCGACGACGACAUCAUCAAGUGCGCCUCCAUUGCCGUCAGUGCCGGAUUCCCUCAGCACCGUCGCGAACCGCAACGCGUCCAACUACUCCGGCAUGAACAAUCGCUAUGGCUCCCCCUACAGCAGCGGAUAUGGAGGAAUGAGCAGCUACAGCUCACCUUACUCUACCAUGGGCGGCGGCUACGGCUCCAUGUACGGCGGCAUGGGCGGUAUGGGUGGUAUGUACGGCGGCAUGGGUGGCAUGGGCAUGGGAAUGGGCGGAAUGUACGGUGGUAUGGGAGGCAUGCCAGGCGACCCAAACAGCAGCCUCACACAAUCAUUCAGUCAAAGUACAGCGGCGACGUUCCAGUUGAUUGAGAACAUUGUCGGUGCAUUCGGCGGGUUUGCACAGAUGCUGCAAAGCACAUACAUGGCGACGCAUUCGUCCUUCUUCGCCAUGGUAUCUGUGGCAGAGCAGUUCGGAAACCUACGACAAACGCUUGGCUCGGUUUUGGGCAUUUACACCAUAAUGCGAUGGAUAAGAACGGCGAUUGCAAAGCUCACCGGACGACCCCUACCAGCUGAUGCGACGGCCCUCACCCCCGCUAGCUUCGCAGCCUUCAACGGACGCAUGCCCGACGGCUCACCCGCACCCGCGAAGCCCUCCAAGAAACCAUUCUUUGUAUUCAUGCUCGCUGUAUUCGGUCUACCCUACCUCAUGGGCAAACUCAUCAAGGCACUCGCGCGAUCACAAGAAGCCGAGGAGCAACGGAAGAUGCUCGAGAACCCGCAAGCCGGCCAACCGCUCGAUCCUAACAAGCUCGAGUUCUGCCGCGCCCUCUACGACUUCACGCCCAACGCCAACAUGCAGGGAAUGGACUUGUCGGUCAAGAAGGGAGAUAUGGUCGCUGUGCUAAGUAAGAGCGACCCCAUGGGCAAUGCAUCAGAGUGGUGGAAGUGCAGAUCAAGAGACGGGCGUAUGGGUUAUCUCCCUGGUAUCUAUCUCGAGACUAUUCAGCGAAAGACACCUGCGCAGAUUACCAGUGGAAGUCAGAGCGGUAGUCCGGCUGGCAGCAGAACCCAGACGAUGACCAACAGCAGCGAUUCAAGCAGGACUGCUACCAUGACUGCAGCCAAGGUACCUGAAAAGGUCGGUCCGAAGGUUGAGAGCAAGGCGGGUGAUAUGGGGGUUGAGAGUUUCCAGAAGGGCGCUUUCUACUCACAAAGCACGCGUAACCACGACGUUGUCGCUGUAAACCAGGUACCGCGAAAGAGGCACUGCGUCUGUUCGCGCCUCUACACCAGAGCUGGAUUGAAGGAGGAGCGCUACUGCACAACUCAAGAUGUUCGCGUCGAAACGGUUAGGCAAGGAGCUGUCAAAGGUAUCGACUCCCUCUCAUCGGUCGUCUUCGGUCGAAUCAGUUCCUACCCACCACGCAUUCCUCCAAAUUCACGCGUCCAUGUGCCAAAAUCUACACACAACUCGCGCCCACAGCGUAGAAUCCAAGGAAUGACUAUGGACACGGCUACGCAGGACAAAAUGAUCAGGUUGCUGACGACGAGGACACAGAUGCACGAGAAACUCCCUCCAGGCAUAACGCUCAUCCAGGCCGACGACUUCCAGACCUGGCUCGUGGACAUCCAAGUCAUGGACGACAACCCGCUUUACCAGGGAGAAACAUAUCGGUUGAAGUUUAGUUUCACGCCACAGUAUCCUAUCGAGGCCCCCGAAGUAGUCUUCGUCCGCACACCCACGCACCCCAUACCCUGGCACCCGCACAUCUACUCCAACGGCAUCAUCUGCCUCGACUUGCUCGACCGUUCCGGUUGGUCGCCUGUUCACAACGUCGAGAGUGUGUGUGUCAGUCUGCAGAGUAUGCUUACGAGUAAUACGAAGAAGGAGAGGCCGCAGGGCGAUGAGAAUUUCGUGAGGUAUAAUACCCAGCGGCCGAGGGAUAUUAGCUUUGUUUUUCAUGAUGAGAAGGUCUAG